AUGAAAUUGUUUGCAAUCUUAUUUUUAUGUGCUUCCAUCUACGCCGUUGCUGCUCAAACUGGUGGUGGUGGAGGAGAUGGUGGUAGCGUUGUAGGAAAUGGAGAUGCUGGAGAUGGUGGAGAUGCCGGAGAUGGUGGUGAUGCUACUGGAAGUGAUAACGGAGGUGCAGGAGGUACUGGAGGAGAUGGCGGUGACGUUACAGGAAAUGGAGAUGCUGGAGAUGGUGGAGAUGGAGGAGAUGGUGGUGAUGCUAAUGGAACUGGAAUUGGUGGAGACGGUGGUGAUGGUGGAGAAGGCGGUAGUGUCGUUGGAAAUGGAAAUGCAGGAGAUGGUGGAGAUGGUGGAGAUGCCGGCAACUCUAAUCCUCCUCGUCGUACCUUUGUUAAAGUGAUAGUCAAAUUUUCUUGUAGUUUUGAUCAUGACAUGGUUAACUUUGACAACUAUGGAGAUUGCCCAAAACAAAAAAUUAAUGCCACGAUAUUCUACACAUAG